UCUCCUCUCAGUAUACCGGGAGCAGUCCGUGCGAAAUGAGUGUAAAAAUAGUAAUCGUCGGAGCCGGUGCAGCUGGCCUCGCGGCUGCUACGAAGCUAUACGAAAGUGGAUUGACCGAUUUUGUCAUCCUAGAAGCGAACGAUCGAAUUGGUGGUCGAAUAUGGACGGUUCCCUUCGGAGACAACGUGAUUGACUUGGGUGCCCAGUUUUGUCAUGGCCAAAAGCAUAAUGUCGUAUUUGAGUUGGCUGGGCCACUGAAUCUGUUGGAAGAAUCUUUGUUCUCGAAGCGAAACGUACUUGUGUUCUCGAAUGGAUCACAAGCACCGGUGGAUGUAACCGAUCGUAUGAUGCAUGUGGCGAACCAACUAAUGGAAGCAGAUUAUAUCAGGUCAUCGUCAUCAGAGAACUGUAUCUUGGGCGAAUAUUUCGUGAAGAAUUUUCGUCAAAUACUAUCUCAGCGAAAAGAUUUCCCAAAUGUGGAAGAAACCCUAGUGGAUGAUUUUAUAACAUUUUAUCACAAUUACCUGAAAGGCUAUCUAGCUGUAGAUUCAUGGAAUUCUUUGACUAUGGCCGAAGUUCUGGAUUAUGAGGAAUGUGAAGGCUUCGUUCGUCAAAGUUUGAAAGGAAAAGGUUUUGAUAGUAUUUUGCAACUAUUAAUGAAACAACACCCAGCUCAGAGUUGCAGCGCUAUAUCUUUAAAGGAUAAGAUAUUGUUUAACAAACGCGUGAUGCGUAUUUCACGCGAUAACACUGCAAAUAUGAUAAUCAAAUGUGAAGAUAACAGCGAGUAUUCAGCGGAAUCAGCCGUCAUAACCGUAUCCCUAGGAGUGCUCAAACAAAUGCAUGCUUCAAUUUUUUCACCACCACUGCCAGAUGUAAACGUAAACGCCAUUGAAGGACUUCAUUUUGGAACUGUCAAUAAGGCUUUCUUGGAAUUCCCGGAAGCAUUUUGGAUAGAGCGUGGCAACGUUUUCCGUUUGGUUUGGUGUGAAUCUGACUUGGAGCAACUGCGGUCUUCUAGAUACAGCUGGACUGAAGGGGUGUCAACUUUUUUCGGGAUUGAUGACUAUCCAAAUGUUCUAGCUGCGUGGCUGGUGGGCCCUGAAGGUCGACAAACUGAAAAUCUAGCUGAUGAUGAUAUAAAGGAGGGAUUGCUAAUGUUACUACGGACAUUUUUCAGCGGCUGUACCAUUCCUGAACCAAAAAGAUUUGUCAGAUCCAAAUGGAACAGUGAUCCAAGCUUCUUGGGGUCGUAUUCUAGCCGUAGCUUAGAAACUGAGAAGCUCAAAACUGGAGCUAAGGAUCUAUCGACUCCCGUAAUCGGUUCCGGUGGCAAGCCGGUACUAUUGUUUGCAGGUGAAGCCACUAGUCCAACCCAUUGGUCUACAGUACACGGGGCAAUAGAAAGCGGGUGGCGUGAAGCCGAUCGGUUGAUUCAGUGGUAUCAAUCUUAAGUGUAGUCCAAAGUGUUGUAUUAAGGCAAUAAAUGUGACCUGGGAGGGAGGCACAUAUACUACACACGAAA